AUGAUUGAAGUUGACCAUACAAGCCGUUCUGACUCCAGCUACGAUACUGUAGCCUCAGAAAUGCUCGCUGACAACCGGAAAGCGCUGAUCAACGACGCCCAAAGUGUCAGCUCCUCAAAGUACGACCAGUCAGUCCAUGCUCUGCACACACACAAAAAAACCACCUCCAGUGUGACCACUAUUUUUGAUAAUCCAUACCUGCGCUCCAGAUCCUCCAUGCGCUCCAGUAAACACGUCACAUUGACAUCUACCUGGGGAGUAGACGGUUCGCAGAGCGUUCGCAACAGCCAGCUGCUCCAGCAGCUCAUGGAGGGCUACGAGAGUGCACCGUCCAGCCACUCGAAUCUCGCUCGAAACAAGUCCACUGCAUCUUCCAAGAGCGCAGUGGCCCCAUUCGAGCCGUCUAGACAAUCGUCUCUGCGCCGGCAGCUGACCACCAGGUCAGUCAAGUCCACGGGCACUCUUAGAAGAUCAAAUGCCGUCAAACGCAAGGUCGGAUGGCUGACAAUGCUCAGACAGCUGGUCCGCAAAUUUAAGAGACGCACCGCCCAGAAAUGGCGUAACAUCCGUCAACGGCGAGUGUUUGGCGGCCGCAAGAAGCACACAAAGACUGAAUCAAUCACGAUUUCGUUGCCAAUAACACGCCCAGAGACUCCACAACUAAACCGCACAAACACUGUCCAAAAACUGUCUCGUCCAUCCAGCGUCACCGACUCGCAAAGAAAAGCUGCCAUGGACAGGCUUAUCAGAAAAAGCCAGGAGAACCUGAUCGAUCCAGGCCACGACGACCUAAUCGCGCUGUGGACCAGCUAUCUCAAGUCGACCGUCGCCAAGCGCAUCCAUCUCAAGCUCAGCAUCGCACAGCUAGCCAAACCAACCGCAACGCAUGCACGCAAGGAAAGCCUGCUCGAUUCGAUUCUCUCUGAUUACGUCAGCACAGACGAUAGCGACAGCAACAGCAUGGCUUCUGACUGGAGCUCGAUUUCGACGGCCGAGUCCUCGGCGAUGGACGAGCGCGAAAUGGCCGACUAUAUUGGGUGCAAGGACAGCAUAUUCAGCAGCGAGUCGACCACGCCAAUCAUAGUGAGGCAAAGCAGCGUUGCGUUUUCAUUUGCCCCAUCGGUGUUGAGUAAGCCCGAAAUUUCGGGCCGAGGAGAAAUUUUUAGUACAUAA